AUGACGAUUCGAUCUGUUGGGCACAAGUUUAACGAAGCUGCUACAGAACUGGGAUUGAUAUUGACACCAUCAGCAAUCUCUGAGGCUUUGAAAAUAAAGGUGGAAUACACAGAUUACUUGAUGGCACUAUUACGUCUUGCAGAAGAAAUCGUAGAGUAUACAAGCAGCACUAUCGUGAGGUAUCUUUCCAUAGGAUAUAAGGAUGUUGGUUUCGCCUUGCCGGUAAUUAACCAACGACUUAUUUCUCAUGUCCAACAGGGGUUCCAGACUUUGGAUCUUAAGAACGAUUCACUCAGAAGAAAGUACGAUGGUUUGAAAUACAGCGUGAAGAAGUUGAAUGAAAUUGUUUACGAUCUCUCGUUGAGAGGAUUAUUGCAUUAUGAAAUCAACCUAAUAUAA